UCUACUCAAUGUUGAUAUGAAGCGUCCAGGAGUUCUCUUACAAAAAGCUCUUACUUUAAAAUAGCAUUAUUUUCACAACAUCAGUGUGGAAAUAUCUUUAAACUGGAAUAUCACAGUUCUUACUGAACUGCACCUUUACAGAAAUAACUUAUCCGGAGGACAGCUCCACUCGGUGUUAAAUGUGUAGGCCUAUAUGAGACUCAGAAUUGCAGAAGAGCAGUUUGUUUUGAUAAAGACCAAGUAAACAGAACAGGCAGCUGAGUCUGGACAGUCUGUUUCCUCUCACUCCAUAUCCUUCCUCUUACAUAACCCUGAACUGGGAUCAGUUUGCAUUCCUUAGGACUCCUCAAUCCUCUCUGGCAUUAGUUUUCAGAUCUUACAGUGUGGAGUAUGGACUGGACGCUACUUAUCCUUCUGGUUGUUCCGACCGUGGUCCAUGGGAACCCGACAGUGACUGUCAGAACUGGGUCAGGACCAACAGUGGGGUCUGAUCAACACCCAAACAGUGUUCCUCUGAGCGAGGACACACAGACAACUACAGAGGUGAGGGAGGUGGUGGAGGAAGUGAUGAUGACUGGCGUGCUGAACCCAAGUCACUACCCUGCCCGCCGGGCAGCCACGGUGGUCCAACACUACCUGAACACCCGCUACGGCUCACCCUACAGGUGGAUAUUUCUCAGCAAAGUACACAGUGGCAGCGCAGAGGAUGUGGCAGAGAUGAGGAAGUAUCAACUGGAGCUCACCAUGCAGGAAAUUAUCAGUAACGUUUCGGGGCAGUGCUCUGCAGAGCUCCUCUUUCCAGGAGGAGAGGGGCAGAGGGCUCCCCAGGUCCAGGCCUCCUGUGAGGGACUGCUUCAAAGCAACACCACGGCUCAGGAAGAGGCCUUCUACCAGCAACACAGAGCCAGCAAUAACAUGGUGUCAGGAAACGAUAUACCAGACAGCUACGGUCACAUGGAGCCCAACAUGAAGCCCUUCUGGCACCUUGGGGGUGUGGCCUCCAGUUUCAUCAUGCUGAGGGAGUCCAAUGAGAGCACGCUUUACAACAUGGCCCAGGUGGCCAACUUCACACAGCUGGAGACCGAGAAGGACCAGCUGAGGGUUAACUACCAUGUCCUGCUGCAUGAAAUGAUUUCCCAGGAGAUCAUCCACUGGAAGCUGCUAGUCACCUGGUCCCCAGAACAGGGAGUUCAAGUCCUGCAGACUGAGCUGCAGCCAAAGUGCCACAACUGCGAGACUCCUCCAAACACCACCAACUGAGAUACACGGCAAAAAUACUCCUCAGCCUUACUCAAAGUGCUGCAAAGUACACAAAGUAUAGCACAUCUUUCUUAGGACUUGAACGAAGGGUAAAAAGCCACUUUCUACCUGCUUUGAAAAGCUGAGCUUUACACAUCACACUCGUCUUAGCUUUAGUAAUAAUGUUUCCCUUCGCCACUACUGCGUCAGAGGAGAGGAUAGGGCACACGCCAAUGGCCUUACUGCAGCUAUGCGAAUGCACUGCUUUUACGGCGUCGGCUUGUAAGACGCUUGGUAAGAUAUAACACGUUUGUAAAAGCGGUUUCUGUUAAUAUACUCUACUGAUGAAGUAAAGGGGUCUAAUAAAUCCAGGGUCGGCCCUCCGGCGCCCGAUUGGCUACUACACCGCCCUCCGGCGCCCCUGAUUGGCUACUACAACGCCCUCCGACACCCUGGCCAUCAGUUCAUAGCGUUGACGCAGUUCUCACCCUCACUCCAUUCCCGCUUCUCCCGAAGUUCACUCCCACUAUCCUUGGUAGCUGUGGUGAUGUGUGUGUUUAUAUGGGAUUAUCCAAUUGUGAAACAUUAAUAAAAAAUAAUCUGCCAAAUAAA